GAAAGAUGGCUCAUUGAUGGCUGAAAUCCUUAAACGGAUAGAAUUUCUAUUCAUUUGGGGGUGCCCUAGUUUGUCAAUCGUGCUUCCAUCCCCGACUUCAUUCGAGAGAUUAAAGCAGUUAGAAGUAAAGGAUUGCGCUGGUUUAGUUCAUAUGGGGACUUGCUCAGCAGUGACAAGUUUGAUGCACCUUACUUGGCUAACCCUAAGAAAUUGCGAUACGAUGGAAGAUGUGGUAACGGAUGAUGAAAAUAGAGCGGAGGAGAUUUAUUUCCCUAAGCUAAAACAGCUAAUACUUGAUGGUUUACCAAGCCUUGAGAGCUUCUCCCCCACGAAUUGCCCCUUCAGGUUCCCAUUAUUGAAGCGUGUUGUCAUCACGCAGUGCCCCAAGAUGAAUGUAUUUUGCAAGGGUGCCUUGAGGACACCAAACAUAGAUAAAGUAUUCCUCUCCGACGAGGAUGACGAAGGAUGUUGGGAGGGGGACCUUAAUACCACCAUCCAAACCUUAUCAACAUGAAAUUGUCGACAUUGAAUUCGAUGAGUCAGCCUCAUGUAGCACCAAGAAGUUUCUUGGGAGUUGAAGACUAUUUGGAUGAUGAUAAUAGCCGGCCAUACUAUUAUCGAAAGGGGAAGAAGUCCAGGACUCCUAAUAAGCAUGUGUCCUUCAAACAGCGCACCAUAGCCUACAUGGAGCCAUUCAUGCUAGAUGUUUUCAUCUCCAAGCGCUUCGUCUCGACUUCACUCGCUCCCAGGAUCGCGUGCAGGCAGGUCGCUGUUAUGGGUGCCAAUUCUAAGGAUAUCAAAGCCGUAGUCAAGUCACAAUCGGACAUACAACCAUGUCUGGCUGUAGGCUGGAUUUCGGUAGACCGGGCGAGGGAAGCCAAUGUGUACACUGCUUUCUCUACUCUAAGAGAUAGGGAACAGUUUGAAGGAAAAAUCAAGACAGUAGUUCAGUCUCUGAUUAACAUAGAUAUUAAAAUUUAUCUUGACUGAUUUUCCCUCCUUGAGUAUGAUCUUCUUUAUGUGCACCACUCCUAAUAGGAAUAUACCGACAUCUUUGACAUUGUUUUGAGAAUAUGCAGGAUGUAGUGUUGGUUCUUUUGUUGGUUACAUAUACAUAAUGGUGAAUGUUCAUUUGACAAUAGUGGACUCGGAUUUUGUUUUGGCUUUGUUGAAACUUUACCUUGUUAUUGGAUGAGCAUUGUGAUGGAUAUCAUAGCUUCAUACA